ACUCCGUGUCACCUUACAUAGCAGUGAGGCACCAAAACAAGCCGGUAAACGUGUAAAUACAUAGCCCCACGCAUACACUUACACUAUUACAAUAAUACAAGCCGAUCGGCUGCUAUUAUGAGAUUUGUCAUAGUCUGUGACAGAUCAGUUUGCGUCGCAAUAAAAUAUUUUAAAAUGCCGUCUUGCGUUGUGAAAAAGUGUAAAAACAAUACUAUAAAAGUAUUUGUGGAUAUAGGAGAAAAAAUUGUGUAUCUGGUAUACCCCGUAACCGCACACACACUAGCAUAAAGGUGCUUCUUCUAGUUCACAGAGUUGAGACUUGAGAGUACCCUUGGCCCUUGCUAUUUGCUUAUUGCUAAGUUGCUAAUAUCACGGCGCGGAUUGCGGAGUCUCGUUAGAGUAAAAGUGUUCUGUGCGCGGAGUCCUUCUUUUUUUACUAGUCCGUGAACCGUGAGCUAUAAUUGCUUCAUAAUAAAGUUUUGAGUUAUGUUGCUUAUAUGUUAAAUAAAAUCCACACUUUUAUCUAUGUUGUGAGUUGCAAGUACAUAAGAUAUCAUUAAGUUCAAAAGGCGAAACGAUAAGAUUUUAUAAAUAUUCAUGUGCCUACCUAUUCAUAAUAAUAAGUUACUUGCUCAAUACUGGUAUUUUGUCUUCUGUAUAGGUUCAUAAUAAUUUUAGAUACACGACGUACCUACCUAAUAAAACACAAAAAUGGAAAACAAAGAAUUGUUACAAUUUGAUGAAGAAGUAAACCCGGGAUAUGAGUUAGCUGAAAAAUAUAUUCAUGAACAUGAUAAAGAGAUAAUAAUCAGACCUGUAGAAGAAGGUAUAAACAUGAAUAUUAGGGAUAUAAAUUUUUAUAAGAAGGUGUGUCAAUUGGAGGUACUUAUUAAUGAGAACUGUGAAUUAUUUACACAAUUAUUAAGCAUUGCAGCUAUGGUAAAAAUACAUGAGGCAAGAAAAAUAGAUUUCAUUUUAUUCAGAGAUAGAUUAAUUCAACAAUUACUGGUAAAACCAUCAUCAAAUAAAGAUAGUGGUGUCUAUUACGAAAGAACAUGGUAUCAGGGUUUUGACUUAAAAAGUUCGCCUCUUCGUGUGAAUAAAAAGAUGCGUCAUGUCGUGUGCUUAUUUACGACGCUCAGUCACAAAGUUGGCCUACCUAUACAAUUAGAGCCCUUCUGGGAUAUUGAUUAUCAAUGUUUCAAAGUGCCAUUUGGAUGUCUUGGUGUCAUAACUGGCCGCUCGGAUUUGCACUCCGCCAUAGAUCUAUUCAUGGAAACACCUACAAGGCUUCCAUUCGCACUCCAAAAAAUCUGGAUCGAGGAAAGUGCAGCAGAAAAGUUUAACCACCUUAUGAAAUGGAAAACAAACUUGAGAAAAGAUGAGAUCGAGCCAGAGAUAUUGUCUUGUUGUACUGAGGCAUACUGUUAUGAAAAUAAACUAUUUUUAUUUGAGUAUGCCGCCGAUCAUCCGCCAGAGACCGACAAAUACGUGGUGUUCAUAGAAACAUAUCGAACAGUCAAGGAGCUGUUUACUUUAUAUGACCACAAAUAUUAUGGCAUAUCUAUAUGGUGUAGCGAUUUGAUCCUGAGUAACGAGAUAGCAGCUACCUUGAGUGCGAAUCUCAUUUGGAUAAACGAUUUUAAUAACUUCUCAUCACCGAAAAUUAGUAACACCUAUUUCAAUUAUGUAAGCAAUGUAAAAGUCACAGUAACAUUGGAAAGAACAGACGAAGUUGACGAAGUAUUAAAGCUUAAAAAUGAAUGGAUGCAGAAAUCUAUUGAAUGUAGAAAAGUUCUAAUGAGUGACGUGUUCAAGGGUCACGAUAUCUCUAAGCAGCUUGAGAUAUACGAUGUUGCUAUGAAUGGUGUUGUAUCAGUAAACGGUGACCGGUCUAUCAUGUGUAUUGAAAUUCCCACAGGGUUGAUAUACUUUGAUACAUCAUGCGCAAGUAUAGAUUUUCGAUUAAUUUCUUCUAUAAUUCGUGGUAAUGCCGUGCUCCUUGCUAUAUUUAACCCUACGAAUGAAGAGCUACUUAUUUGGGAGAAGCUGAUAAACAUUGGAGCUCCCAUUGUUAUUAUAUACGGCAAAAGAAUUGAAAAUGGGGAGUUCGUUGUUAAAAAAGAGUAUUUUAUGAAUAAAGUGAUAGUUACCAAGUAUGGCAGCAUAUUUGCUAAUUAACAAUAUAGAGACAAAAGUCCAACAUCCUGGAGGCAGCUUAUAUGGCUGUAGUCGAUUUUGGCCAAAGAUUCUCUUUUAUGAGUCCUCUGGGAACUCUUCGCCAAUUAACAUUGUCUGUCUUCCCAAUAUUCGAAUUUAAAGUAAAUUUGUCCUGCUGCUUCAAUCAUGACCAAUUAAAUAUUAUAAGUAAUUAUUGCUAAGCUAAUAUAUUUUUUAGUUGUUUUUACAUUUCUUAUUUUAUAACUGUUUCGAAUUAUAUUUUUGUAUCAA